AUGCAUGUCUAUACCGAGCUCGUGGCUCCUUCGGCCGUCACUCACUCUUUGAGCUUGCCAUUGACCUCUGCCACCGCCAAUAACCUCGUCAUUGCAAAGGGAUCGCUUCUGCAAGUCUUCGAGACCAAGAACAUUUCCGCCGAGCUAGAUUCGCAGCAUCGAGGGCCGCAAUCGUCGGCCAAAGACGACGACCAACACUUUGAUCACCGCAUCAAUGACGACGACGGCCUCGAGGCUUCGUUCCUCGGCGGCGAGUCCAUGAUUGUGCGCACCGAUCGCGCAAACCGCACAAAGCUCAUACUCGUCGCCGAGCUUCCACUGGCCGGCACCGUCGUCGGAUUGGCGCGCGUCAAAGUCAGCAACACCGCUUCGGGGGGCGAAGCUUUGCUGCUAGCCUACAAGGCAGCAAAGAUGUGCCUGACGGAAUGGGAUCCCCGGAGAAACGCCCUCGAGACGGCCUCGAUUCACUAUUACGAAAAGGACGAGCUUCAAGGAGCGCCGUGGGAGCUCGGCUUUGGCGACCACGUCAACUAUCUGGCCGCCGAUCCGGGCAGCAGGUGCGUGGCUUUCAAGUUUGGGAGCCGCAAUCUUGCCAUCUUGCCCUUUUCCCGGAGCGAGGAGGAUAUGGAAAUGGGCGAUUGGGACCAGGACCUCGAUGGACCCCGCCCGCUCAAGGAACAGCCCGUGGUCACAAACGGGGACGGAGAAGGCCAUCUGGUCAAGUCUCGCUACACACCUUCUUUCGUCCUCCGCUUGCCGCUGCUGGACCCAACCUUGCUGCAUCCCGUUCACCUAGCCUUCCUGCACGAAUACAGGGAACCGACCUUUGGCAUCUUGUCCUCAACGCAGGCGCCAUCCCCAGCGCUUGGCAUCAGGGACCACCUCACCUACAAGGUCAUCACUCUGGACUUGCAGCAGAGAGCAUCGACAACCAUUCUGUCCGUGACUGGUCUGCCGCAGGAUCUGUUCAGAGUUGUCGCCCUCCCCGCGCCAAUGGGAGGAGCACUGUUGGUUGGCGAAAACGAGCUCAUUCACAUCGACCAAUCCGGCAAACCCAACGGCGUGGCGGUCAACGACAUGGCGAAGCAAAUGACAUCCUUCAGCUUGGUGGACCAGUCCGAACUGGGAUUUAGGCUGGAAAACUGUGCCGUAGAAUUGCUGUCGGCCGAUGUCGGUGACCUGCUGUUGGUGCUGCGGAACGGAAGGUUGGCCAUUGUUUGUUUCCGAAUCGACGGCCGCACCGUGUCUGGGAUAAGCGUGAAGCUGGUUGAUCCGGCUAGUGGAGGCAACUUGAUCAAAAGCCAAGUGUCGUGCAUUUCCAGGGUCGGCAAGAACGCCCUGUUCCUCGGGAGCGAAAGCAGUGACUCUGUUGUGCUGGGUUGGUCUCGAAAACACAGCCAAGAAAAACGGAAGCGGUCACGGCUGCUAGACCCUGAGUUAGCUCUGGACGUGGAUGAUCUUGACCUAGAGGAUGAAGAAGACGAUGACCUGUACGGCAACGACUCUAGCGAAUCAAAGCCGAACCAGGGCGCCAACGGCACCUCCAAGUCGGGGGAAGUCAGCUUCGGUAUACACGAUGCCCUCCUCAGCAUUGCGCCGAUCCGAGACUUUGCGUGCGGAGCCCCUGCGUCUACUCCGGAAAGCGAGGAAGCUACGUUAUCAAAAGGCGUGACUGCCGAGUUGGAGUUGGCCUGUGCCGUCGGGAAAGAAUCCAGCGGCUCGGUCGCCCUGCUCAACAAGUACAUUCAACCCAAGGUUAUUGGAAGAUUUGACUUUCCCGAGGCGCGCGGUUUCUGGACCAUGUGUGUCAAGAAACCAAUACCCAAAUCGCUAGGGUCGAGCGCGCAGGUAGCGAGCGAUUAUGACGCCACGGGACAAUACGACAAAUACAUGAUAGUAGCAAAGGUGGAUCUUGACGGAUAUGAGACAUCAGAUGUGUACGCCUUGACAUCCGCUGGGUUUGAAACGCUAAAAGAUACCGAGUUCGAGCCGGCGGCCGGCUUCACCGUGGAGGCUGGGACAAUGGGCAAACAGAUGCGCGUCAUUCAAGUUUUGAAGUCGGAAGUGCGAUGUUACGACGGAGAUCUUGGGCUUAGCCAGAUUCUGCCCAUGCUGGACGAGGAAACGGGAGCCGAACCACGAGUCACGAGUGCCAGCAUCGUCGAUCCGUAUCUGCUUCUGAUACGAGACGACGGCAGCGUUUUCGUUGCUCAGAUUGACAGCAACAAUGAGCUGGAGGAAGUUGCCAAGCCGGAUGGUUCCAUAAAAUCAAGCAGAUGGGUAUCAGGGUGUUUGUACAACGACGUGCAAGGACUUUUUCGAGCAACCGUUGGCGAACAAAGCCCGGAUGAACCAGGCCACAUUAUGAUGUUUCUGCUUAGCACGAGUGGUGCCUUACAUGUAUACGAGUUGCCCAACCUAUCCAAGCCUGUGUUCAUCGCCGAGGCUCUUACUUCUAUUCCCCCGUUCUUGUCGGCCGACUUUGUAGCUCGCAAAGGCGCAAGCAAGGAAACCAUCACCGAGAUCCUCGUGGCCGACCUUGGCGACGCCAUUUCUCAAACGCCAUACUUGAUUGCGCGGCUCUCGACGGAUGAUUUAGUGCUCUACGAGCCAGUCAGACACCAUGAAGACGGCUCGAGUCCAACACUCUUGUCGUCACUACUUUUUAAAAAGGCGACAAACUCGGUUCUUGCCACGUCUACCCCCGCACCUUUGGAGGACGAGGCUGAAGAGCCGCCGCGAUUCGUUCCUCUAAGAAGGUGCGCCAACGUUCAAGGCUAUUGUGCCGUGUUCCUACCGGGCUCGUCCCCGAGCUUCGUCUUGAAGUCCAGCAAGAGCUUACCUCGUGUGGUGGGCCUGCAAGGCUUGGGAGUACGGGGCAUGAGCACGUUUCACACGGAAGGCUGCGACCGGGGCUUCAUCUACGCCGAUACGGAAGGCAUCGCAAGGGUCACGCAGCUUCCCAGCGAGACGAACCUCACCGAGCUGGGUCUCUCCGUCAGGAAGAUUUCCCUGGGCAGCACAGUCAGCAUGAUAUCCUACCAUGACCCUACCGGCACGUACGUGGUAGCCUGCGCCACCGCCGAGAGGUUUGAGCUGCCCAAGGAUGACGAUUACCACAAAGAGUGGGCCAGAGAAUCCGUCAGCUUCGCACCCACCGUGGCCCGAGGGCUUCUCAAACUUAUCAAUCCUGUCACGUGGACGGUGAUUCACACGGUGGAGAUGGAGGCUUGCGAGUCGAUGGAAAGCAUGAAGACGCUGCACCUCGAGGUAUCAGAGGAGACGAGGGAAAGGAAGAUGCUCGUUGCGGUGGGCACGGCGCUCGCUAAGGGUGAGGACCUGCCGACCAGGGGACGGGUGCAGGUGUUUGACAUUGUGACGGUGAUACCGGAGCCGGGCCGCCCGGAGACGAGCAAGAGGCUCAAGCUGGUGGCCAAGGAGGAGAUACCCAGAGGCGCGGUCACGGCGCUGUCGGAGAUUGGGGCGCAGGGUCUCAUGCUGAUGGCGCAGGGGCAGAAAUGCAUGGUGCGGGGCCUCAAGGAGGACGGCUCGCUGCUGCCCGUGGCAUUCCUGGACAUGAGCUGCCACGUGUCGAGCGUCAGGGAGCUGGCGGGGACGGGGCUCUGCGUCAUGGCCGACGCGUUCAAGGGGCUCUGGUUGGCAGGGUACACGGAGGAGCCGUACACGUUCAAGGUGCUGGGCAAGAGCGGCGGCAAGCUGCGGCUCCUGGUUGCGGAUUUCCUGCCAGAGGGCGAAGACUUGUCCCUGGUGGCCGUGGACGCCGAGGGAGACUUGCACGUGCUGGAGUUUAACCCGGAGCACCCCAAGUCGCUGCAGGGCCAUCUGCUGCUUCACCAGACGUCGUUUUGCGUGACGCCCAACACGCCGACGUCGACGCUGCUCCUCCCGCGGACGCUGCCACCGGCGGCGGCGGCGGCGGCGGCGGCGGCGGCGGCGGCAUCGAACAAGCACCCCCCAGCGGCGCGGAACACGUCUCGACACAUUCUGCUGCUGGCCUGCCCGUCAGGACAGCUGGCGGCGCUGGCUCCGCUGGCCGAGUCGACGUACAGGCGGCUGCUGUCGGUGACGAACCAGCUGCACCCGGCGAUCGCGGCGCACGGCGGGCUGCACACCAAGGCGCAUCGGUACGCGAGCGACGAGCCAUCAUCAGCGUCGGUCGGGGUGGAGACGGCGGCCUCGUCUGGUCGCGCGCUGGUUGACGGAACAGUGCUGGCGAGGUGGAGCGAGCUGGGGGCGGCCAAGAGAGCAGACAUUGCCGCGAGGGGGGGGUACGACAGCGCAGCUGAUUUACGAGACGAUCUGGAAGCCGUGCUGGGAUGGUCUGGCUUGGCGUAUUUUUAA